AUGAGAACAUGUCACGAAACGCCAGCUAGACCUAUCAGCGUCAUGACAGAAUCCGCAGAAGCAGUGGCAGCGGCACUGUCCAGUCGAAGAAGUGUAACCAUCGAGAUCACCAACCUCUCUGGGAACUACUGCCUCAUCAACCCCAAGGUGUACCUGGAGAAAGGCUCUAUCCCUGUCCCACCCCAACCGACCGUCCGCCCUCUCAAAACAGAGAAGAGGCACGACUUCAUCGAGACGGUGGCGAUCAUGUUCUCGGUCCCAUACGACGGCAACAUGUACAAGAACUGGUUUGCUUUGGGGAUCUACCCGAAGGGAACGGAAUGCAACGAGGCACUGUACAAAAAGAUGUACUACGACAAGGAGCCGCAGGGUUUUGUGAGGAUGGAGGCAGUGGGCAGCGGGAUCACGUUUGAGGGCAGUUACCUGGACGUCAAGACGACCAUGUCUCCUCUGGGCCGGGCCAUCAUGAAGGUGGAGAUCUGGGACAAGCUGUUCUCUGCACCAGGCCAACAGCAGAAAUACUGA